AUGUAUAUGGCGGAGAAGGACGGGAUCAUGCUCUUUGGCGUGCGCCUUACCGUAGCCGAUAGAAUCCCCACCCCACCGCCGCGCCAUCCCAAUGCGGGCUACGUCCACGACGUCGUUCAUCCCUCCCGUCGCAAGCGCAAACGAGGGGUUCCGUGGACGGAGGAGGAGCACAGGCGGUUCCUGUUGGGAUUACAGAAAGUUGGCAAAGGAGAUUGGAGAGGAAUUUCUAGAAACUUCGUCAAGACUCGAACGUCCAUUCAGAUCGCUAGUCACGCUCAAAAAUAUUUUCUCCGCCGUCAUACUCACAAUCGCCGAAGCCGGAGAUCUAGUCUCUUCGAUAUCACCACGGAAUCGGUGAAGGAAGAGGAACAAGUGUUCCCGUCAACUAGGUUGAAACCGGUACCUUCGUCUUUGAAGAUGACUGAGUUGAACUUAAGUGGGAAGUCGCUGCCGCUGAAGAUGCCGGCGUCGACGGAGCCAUCGCGAGAGACUUUUGAGGUGGGAAGUUGA